AUGCAGUAUGAUGCAAACAAACAAGGUAUGAAUAACUAUGGAAAUGUCUACGGUAAUCAAUAUUCACCUACCAAUCAACCACCAUAUGGAGCCGGAAAUGUUUAUCUACCGAAUAAUGCACCACCACCUUAUGUACCAUAUCCUCAGCAUCCAUCUGCUUAUCCUACAUCAGGUGCACCAUAUAAUGGUUCAACACCCAUUUAUCAACAACAAGCAGUUGUUGUUGCACCUAUUUAUCGACCAAUGUGGAAUUAUUUGACACCGACACCGAUUACUUCUAAUCUUCGAGUAUUUUUUAUGAUUUCGGGUCUUCUAUAUUUGAUAUGGGGUGUAUUAGUUAUUGGACUCGAAAUUGGCAUUAUUGUUUAUUCUUAUUGGAGAUAUUAUACUGGUUUUUGGACAGGAUCUUUUUUUAUUGCUGGAGGAAUUACUAUGUUAAUUGUAGCAUGUAGACCAUCUUAUGCGAUGACUCAUUUAAUUCGACUAUUUGGCUUGUGUUUGUUCCUUUCUAUACUGGGACUCAUCUUGUCUAUUGUUUAUGUAGCUACAUUAAAUCAAUGUAGUUCAACAUACUAUUGGUAUUAUUGCUACAGUUCAACAGGACGAAAUCUAAAAAUAGCUCUUUUGAUAUUCUUUAUUAUUACAUCUAUUCAUACUAUUAUAAAUAUGAUUGUGGCUAGUAAUGCGCGAAAAUCAACAGCAUCAGCAUCUAAUUAA